UUCCAACAGUACCGAGCUACAACCAAAAAAAACAUCCACCAGCUCUUGUGAUUAUAAUUCUGUUUGAAGGAGCUGGUCGCAUGAGCAGCAAGGCUGCCUGUUACACUGCCUGUGUGUUUCUACUAUUCCAAAUUAUUUCUUUACUUUCUUUACAAAUCUACAGGAAGCAUAUGCUCAUUACAUAGCGUCGUUUCAAUAAAACCGCGCACUGCUGCGCUCUCUCUCUGGUUUCUUUCGCGGACUCGUGAGUUGAAAUGAACUUUAGACACAAAACGGACCGCGGCGCGUCUCGGCACCGUCACGCCUGGCCGUGGUCAUUUGGCUCGCGCGUGUCGCCAUCUCAUUGGCUGCUGUCUUGAGGGACGGGCGUCGAUAGCCAAUCAGUUAAAGCCACAAGUGUAACCGGAAUCUCUGAAUGAGUUUUUUUCCCCCUGUGAAGCCGGGUGUAAAUAUGAAUUUGAAAAGUAGUGUGCUGUUCGUUAAGACUCCACAUCUGCUGACAGCUGUGAUGUGCUGACCAAGGUUUAGGGGCACGGGCCGACCGUUUGAUAUGAUUAUUAACUCAUCAUUAACUGGGUUGCGUUGUGCAUUUUUAAGGGAAGAUGCAAUCCUUACCAUCAGCUGUGGCUCUGCUCACUGCGGUCAUGUUUGCUCUGCACAUUGGAUGCACUGAGGCAGCCAAACUGAAAGACUCAUGCUCAACUUGCAGACAGAUCACUGACAACUUCAGUAAGGAGUUUGACAGGACAGCGAAGAAGAACUUUGGUGGAGGGAACACAGCCUGGGAAGAGAGAAAACUGUCAAAAUAUGAGACAAGCGAGAUCCGCCUUGUGGAAAUCCUGGAGAAUGUCUGCGACAGCAGCAGCUUCGAGUGCAACCAGAUGGUGGAGGAGCACGAGGAGCAAUUUGAGACCUGGUGGUUCAAGAGAAAAACAAAGCACCCGGAUCUUUUUAAAUGGUUCUGCGUCGAUUCCAUCAAAGUUUGCUGUCCAAAAGGAACCUUUGGUCCAGACUGCAAUGCCUGUUUGGGAGGUUCUGAGAGACCAUGCCAUGGCAACGGGGCCUGCGACGGAGACGGAACCAGGGAUGGUCACGGACAGUGCAGCUGUAACCACGGAUACGAGGGAGAGUUUUGCCUGGACUGUAUUGCUGGGUUCUAUAAUGAGGAACGCAACGACACUCAUUCCGUCUGCACAGAGUGUCACGAUUCCUGUAAGACGUGCACUGGCUCGACCAAUCGGGAGUGCAGCGACUGUAAGCCUGGCUGGGAGAAGGACCAGGAGGGCGCCUGUAAUGAUGUGGACGAGUGUUCAGGGGAAUCCCCACCUUGCAAAGAGGACCAGUACUGCCUGAACACAGAGGGCUCAUAUUCCUGUAAAGCCUGUGACAAGCCGUGCUUGGGCUGCAGAGGGGCGGGACCUGAUCACUGCCUGGCCUGCGCAGAUGGGUACAGGGACGAAGAGGGAGUAUGUGCAGAUAUGAACGAGUGCGAGUUGGCGGAGCCGGCAUGUCCUGGGGAGCAUCGCGAGUGUGUCAACAUGACGGGCAGUUUCAGGUGCAUCUGUGCCAGCGGCUUCCAGGACCAGGGUGGCGUGUGCGUGGAGGCGGCGGCCUUGGCAGAGGAGAGCCAGGAUGAGUCCGAUUCUGGACCCUCUGACUCUUCUGAAACCACUGAACCUCCUCGAAAGUCGAAGCUUCCAGAGGAGCGGGAGGACCUGUGAGCCUGGCAUGCGGAGCCGCCGAGGGCCCAGCUCUCCCAGUCACCGCAGAGCACUCCACCAGUCCCACACAUCUUGGCACUUGGAUGUCCCAUGUACUGUACCCCAAGUACCGACUUCUGGAUAUGAGAGGUGGCGGAAUUGACCGUAGGGUGCACUUAUUUUUGUAAAAGUUGAUGUAAUUAAAGUGGAAGUGAGAAAAGUC